AUGCAAGAUUGGUCAUUCGAAGAGAAGAAAAAGACUCCAGAGGAAGAUAGUCUGUCGAAGAUGGGGGAUGAUGUCAAAGGAGAUGCCGCACCCAAAGAGGAGGUCCACCUUGAAGAUAUGUCGACUGAAAUUGAUAAAGGUAAUGUCGAAGGAGAUGAACCAGAAGAGGUGGACCUUGCUGAUACCAUCCUCAAAGCGGAUGGUUCAUAUGAUGGUUUGUGGGGCUCGGAAGAGUGGAUGUCUGCAGUUGAUGAAAUAGAAGGGGUAUGUAAAGACAAAAAAAAGGAUCCAUUUAGACUUAUAUAUGUUUUCGUUGUUGAUCAGCAUUGA